AUGGCCACCGAUGCUCGGCCUCUGAAGGGCAUCCUCAAGAAACCUGCUGCUGCCAGUCCAGAUCCCAGAAAAGCAGACCCUCGUGAAAUCGCCCUUCAGCACGCCCGCAUCAUCCAACAGCGCAAAGACCUUGAGCUCGAAAUCCUUGAAUCUCUGGCCCUGCUGUCAGAAUACCCGACGGAGCGCGGUAGCACAAAGUACUCCUCGGUUAACCCCUCGCCACGCGACGUUGCCGAUUUCAAGGCCAACAUCCGCCUGUUUCAGCCCUCCGACUACGACGAUCUCAUCGAGGAGCGCAACGUCAACGGCCUAUGUGGUUACACCCUAUGCGGCCAGCCGAAGCCCAAGGCGUCAAAGGGUGGGGAAUGGAGGCUUGUCAACUUCGGCAAAGCCAACUUUGACAUUGUCAACCGCCGCGAGUCCGAAAAGUGGUGUUCCAAGGACUGUCAGCGCAGAGCACUUUACGUCAAGGUCCAGCUUAACGAGACUGCCGCGUGGGAGCGCAUGGGCAUUCCCGACAUUGAAAUUGAGCUCUUCGGAGAAGAAAGGCCCGCCGAGGAUCCGGCUGCCAAGGCUGCCAGGGAUCUCGCAAAUCUUCAACUGGAGGAAGGCAGGAGAGCGGCGGACGAGUCUGCGACAUUGGCUCUGGAACGAGGCGAAGUCGGCCAGGCCGGCCGCGGCAAGCAAUUCAAAUUGGCAAUCCGGGAGAAGGAGGUCAAGGCCCCCGUCGACAACGGCGUUUUUACGGGAGGUCCAGACGACGCGCAUGUCUUAGUCGAGGGUCACAGGCCCGGGGCUGGCAAGGCACAAGCACAGGCUGAAAUGGCAGAAGCUGAACUAUCAUGA